UAACAACUUAGCUGAGCACUAUCAAAGCACUUUGGUUAAUUUAAUAAUGCUAGGAACUCAAUCACAUGCGAUUCAGAAUCGGUUUUGAAAGAUAAGAAACAACCACCUGCUUUAUAUGCUGUCGUGUUUUGAGGAAGUGACGGUAUAAAUAUGAACAUAUACUUUACAUGUUUUAACAUGCGUUAUCAGCUAUUUUGACUGGUAAAAUUGCACGAACAGACCAGAAUCUCAAAGCAAGACGUUUAGACGAAAAAUGAUGGAUAGCUUCCUUAUUUUUUGUAUUUUAUUUGGAGUUAUGAUCUUGGUAUGCUGUGAAUGUCCCGGUAAGCAUUUUCCGCUUUCUUUAAUUGCCUUUCCCUGUUUGUCUUUCGGAGUGAAAAGUCUUCUUGCAAGCAUUUACCGUUUAACUUAAACAACUUUAUUUGAGCAUGGUUUUGCAUAUACGGGAGCUAAGACUUCGUAGAAAUUCUCGUGGAUUAAAUUUUUUGGAUACAUUGUCAGUUACAAACAAGAAUUAAGGAAGACAAAAUUGCAUUCAAAAAUCUUCCCUUCCACAACCAAGAGUAUGUAUCCAUUUGUCAACAACACACAAAAGAACACAAAAGCACGUUUUCUCUGAUGUCAGUAGUAUUUUCAUCACCAUUCAUUUUGUUGCCCGUUGAUUAAAUUUCAAGCGAAAUUGUUCAAGGAACAGGAGGAAGUUCGAUAAUUACAUGGUGUCACUGAAAUGACACGGGUUUUCAGAAAUACUGACCAAGGCAGUUGAAGAGUUGUAGAAUGCAGAGUCUAAACCCAGGACUAGCAGGGAUUAAAAUCAACACGGUUACACAAAGCACUUUGGUUCUCUCGCUUACCGGUUAUCUAACACGGAAGCUAUUGAAACCACCUUAGAAAACAAGAGCUAUGCAAGCUUAAGGUACAAAAUCAUGCAAAAGUCGUCCUUUAGGCCCCGUCCACACGUAUCUGGAUAAUUUUGAAUCCGCAACUUUUUCUUUCCGGAUUCAAAAGUUUCCCUGUCCACACGCAGCAAAAAAUAUCCGGUUGCGGAUUCAAAAAUAUCCGGAUACGUGUGGACCGGGCCUUAGUUACGCUUUUUUGUUUAUCUCAUGUCACCAUGUUUUCAGAAACUAAUUAAUUGUUUUGACAGUGAACCGUUAGGGUUUUACGAGUUUUGUGAUCCAUCCGAAUUGAUUACUUAAAAACUCAAGGUAAUUUUCAAUAAAGAUUGGUGGAUCAAUGGUACAGAUUACUUACUGGGAAAACAAAGUCCAUCAAACCUCCAGCAGUUUAAUUUAGAGCGAUUGAUUAAUGAUUAACUGGACAUCAAACGUGCCUAACUUGUUAUACAUGCAUAUUUUAUAACUGGAUCAAAUAACAGUGGUUUACUAUAAAUGGCUAUUAGACAAUACCGUUAAUAUGAAAUUUUUCAUCUUUCAAAAAGAGCAUUUACUGAGAGUUCAUUUUACUGAAAGAACUUAGCUGAACACUAUCAGAACAUACACUUUGAAUAAUUUAACUUGAUAAUACUAGGAAUUCAACCAUAUGCUUACGGUUUUGAAACAAAAGAAACCAGGAAAACACCUGCCUAUACGCUUUCGUGUUUUGAGGACGUGACGGUAUUAAUAUCAAUAUAUACUUUACAUCUUUUAACAGGUGAUAUCAGCUAUUUUGACCGGUAAAACUGCACGAACAGACGAGAAUCUCAAAGCAUAGCUUCCGCUGAGAUGUUUAGACGCAAAAUGAUGGCAAGCUUCCUUACUUUUUGUAUUUUAUUUGGAGUUAUGAUCUUAGUAUCCUGUGAAUGUCCCGAUGAUGAAUGCCGCAUCAUCAUAUUCAAGGAACCAAUACCAAACAAAGUCAUGAAAGGUCAUGUGUUCAGGAUGGAAGUAGUAGCCAAUCAAGGGAGCUGCCGAGUCAUGUGUUAUAUGGAGCCCAACUGCAUGUCCCUAAAUUUUGGACCUUUGAAUGGAGGAGUGUACAAAUGCGAGUUAAAUAAUGCUACAGAAGAAAACCUAGUUGCCGUUACAUUGCGUGAAAAGAAAAAUUAUAUCUACCUUGCAGUUGAGAAUCCCUGCAGCAGCAGCAGCCCAUGUUUAAACAAUGGCAUUUGUCAAGUGGGAUACACUGCGAAAGGAUUUCGUUGUAAAUGUCCUCCACCAUUCAUUGGGGAAUAUUGCGAAGAAGAAGCGUGCAAUUUUGAUUUCGAAAGUGGCAUUGUUGGCUGGGAAAAAACUGGUACAGUGUUCGAUAACCAGCCGACUUUUGGUGACAACCCAUCUGCCCGCAACAGAGGAGAGCCUUCCAAUCACCAGGGCGACUGGUGGAUAGGGGGAGCCGAGGAUCGGCCGUGCAGACACAUGGAAGCGGGAAAACUUCAACGCGAUAUACCCCAGGGAACUCUCACGUCUGCUUCCUUCCUUAUCAAAGGUCAAGAUAUCUCGUUUCUCAUUGGUGGAGGCUGCAAUGCGACCGUGGUUCGCGCAGAGCUAAUUGUCGAUAACAAGGUUGUUCGACAGGAGACUGGUAACUGCACCGAGACGAUGUAUCGUAAGAGCUGGGCCGUCCAAGACCUCAUUAACCAAACCGCUCGCGUUAAACUUAUUGAUUACAGCUCUGACAAUUGGGGUCACAUCAACUUUGAUGACCUUAAGGGCGACAUCAUUUGUGAAAAGAAUGAAUAAAAGCCUCCAUUAAUAGGUCCUUUUAACUGACAAAGCUAAAGGUCAAUCGUAGAACAGCAACAACAAAAAAACAACUUUAUUGACUCAUAUGGUCUUACAAAUAUAUAUACAUAUAUACAUGAAGGAUAGAAAAGUAAUGUACAUUUGAGUCUGGAGACUGAAAAGCCCCAAAGUUUCCAAGUCAGUCUCAAGUUAUUAGAAUGAGAAUAAAUGAUAGAAACGUUGUAAUCGUUAAAUAUUAAGUGGACAGGGUAUGAAUCUCCUUAACUUUUCAGAGUUUUUCCCUGUAUGAGGACGAGGGCAUGGUUUCCUCUACAAGAACAUAAGUAGUUUGAAUCUUCUUAUAGUAUAGUUUAUGUUCAAGAACAUUAAAGAGCAUUAUAAUAACCCGGGCUACAUCAUUGUAAACCAUUUUACGUUAAGUUGUUUUUUUCUGUAAAUAGUCCAAUAAUAAAAAAAAAUGAAACUGAAACUGAAACACACUUACUAUGUCAUGUAGGUAUGGUUUCACUUUGUAAUUGAACCAUUUUGGUCUGAGAUAGGUUAGAGCUCGAGAUUCUGAUGUCCAGUUUGUUCUUGAACAGGGAGGCAAUCAAUUUGGUAUAAUGAUGAACCAGGUGGCUCUUUGUCAUGGUUGCCAUCAACAGUAUCAGCGUGGUUUUCAAUCGAGCGACGUAAGUCCGAAGCAAACGUUAUUACUCUGGCCAGCCACAAUGGGCGCCAUCAGACAAUCCAAUGAACCAAUCAAAACUCUUA